ACAUCCGUGUGCCCGCCUGCACCCACCAGCCUGACCCCACGGCUACAUGACAGACACUAAGCGCAUCUCGGCCACCUCCAUCUUCUUCGAGUCCAUGCCCUAUAAGCUCAACCCGGCCACAGGGCUCAUUGACUAUGAGCAGCUGGAGGCCACGGCCCGGCUCUUCCGCCCACGGCUCAUCAUCGCCGGCACCAGUGCCUAUGCCCGCCUUAUUGACUAUGCCCGCAUCAAAAAGGUGUGCGAGGAGGUGAAGGCCUAUCUGCUGGCUGACAUGGCCCACAUUAGCGGGCUCGUGGCCGCCCGUGUGGUCCCGUCGCCCUUCGAGCAUGCAGACCUGGUCACCAGCACCACCCACAAGACCCUGCGAGGGGCCAGGUCUGGGCUUAUCUUCUACCGCAAGGGCGUGCGGUCGGUGGACCCCAAGUCCGGCCGGGAGACGCUGUACGAUCUCGAGGAGCGCGUCAACUUCUCUGUGUUCCCCUCGCUGCAGGGGGGACCCCACAACCACGCCAUCGCCGCUGUGGCCGUGGCCCUGCAGCAGACCAGGACAUCUGCCUUCCGGGAGUAUAGCCAGCAGGUGUUAAAGAACGCCAAAGCCAUGGCCGAGGCCCUUCUGAAGAGGGGGUACACCCUCGUCUCAGGCGGCACUGACAACCACCUCGUGCUCGUGGACCUGCGGCCCAAGGGCAUUGACGGGGCUCGGGCCGAGCGGGUGCUGGAGCUGGUGUCCAUCACGGCCAACAAGAACACAUGUCCUGGCGACCGCAGUGCCCUCACGCCCGGCGGGCUGCGCCUUGGGGCCCCUGCGCUGACCUCCCGACGCUUCUGCGAGGGUGACUUCGAGCAGGUCGUCGCCUUCCUGGAUGAGGGCAUCGGCAUUGCCCUGGAUGCCAAGAAGCAGACCAAGAAGCUCCAGGAGUUCAAGUCCUUCCUGCUGAGCGAUGAGGGGACCCAGGCCCGCCUGGCCGAGCUGCGGCAACGCGUGGAGACGUUUGCCCGUGCCUUCCCCAUGCCUGGCUUCACCGACCACUGAUCUCCACCCCCUUGGGACUCCCACCCAAGCAGGGGCUGUAGCACAUGAGGAGAGACCCCCGCACCCUACCACCACCCCUCCUUUCCAGGGGGACCUGGCCCUGGGCGAUGCCCCCCUCCCACCUCUGGCCAUGGGGGCAGGAGGGUGGUGACGUGUAACAAAGUUGUUCCAUUCUCA